UUUACGAACGCUUUAAGUGCAGUUAAUUAUUUGUCAUGCUGUACGUGCUAACAGACAACUGCUUGAAGCGGUGUGUGUGUCCCAAAUCGCGUAGUUACCGUCUAUAUAGUAGCCGAGAUACAUGUAUUUUUCCCCACUACAGGCCUGUAGUAGGAAAGUAUGCAAUUUGGGACACAGCCGAACUCUCUUGUUCGCCGUAAAACGUAAAACUGCCGUGUGUGAUCGUGUCCUGUCGCAAAAUGCGGUGAAAACUCCCACACGACGUUAAUAUUGUGAUUAAGGUGUUUACAUGUCUAAUGCGACUAAAACAGAAGUACUCCACUUGUCUUAAUUAGAUUAUUGCUUACUUCGAUUAUGACCUUAAUUAUAUUAAGAGCUAGUGAGUCUGACACUCCUUUCUCCUUUCCUGUCUAAGAGAGAGCGAGAAAUUAGAGGCUGGUGAAGGAAGGAAGGAAGGAACGGCUGUGUUUAUAACUGCUGUAACGUAAGGUGGAGGAGAGCGGCGUGGUGGAGAUGGAGCUCCCCGUGCCCAUGAACAUUCGGAUCAGCAACAUCACCUGCGACUCCUUUAAGAUCUGCUGGGACAUGGACCCUCGCACCAAAGAGAAGAUCACGCACUACUUCAUCGACCUGAACAAGAAGGAGAACAAGAACUCCAACAAGUUCAAACACAAGGACGUGCCCACUAAACUGGUUGCCAAGGCCGUGCCGUUGCCGAUGACGGUGCGAGGCCAUUGGUUCCUGAGCCCGAGAACCGAGUACACGGUCGCCGUGCAAACCGCAUCCAAGCAGGGCGAUGGAGACUACGCCGUGUCUGAAUGGAGCGAUAUUGUGGAGUUCUGCACUGCAGAUUACUCCCCUGUGCAUCUGACUCAGCUGCUCCAGAAGGCUGAGGUCAUCGCUGGCAGGAUGCUCCCCUUCUCCGUCUUCUACCGCAAUCAGAACCAAGAGUACUUCGACUACUGCAGUAACGCGCAGGGCGGCCGGAUGCUCCCCUCAGUGAAGGACAACAGCGGAAGUCACGGCUCUCCGCUUAGCGGCAAGCUCGAGGGCAUCUUCUUCAGCUGCAACACGGAGUUUAACACAGGUGAGCCACCGCAGGACUCUCCGUACGGCCGCUACCGCUUCCAGAUCAGCGCCGAGGAGCUGUUUGGGCCCGACACGCGGAUCUACUUCGGCGACUUUUACUGCAUGUACACGGCGUACCACUACGUCAUCCUGGUUCUGGCGCCGCGCGGCUCGCCCGGAGACACCUACUGCAGCGAGAGGCUGCCCGAGCUGGACGCCACCGACAACCGCUUCCUGACCCGCGUGUGCGCUGAAGACGGGCGCGUGGAGUUCCGCCACGCGCAGGACGUCAUCCUGGAGAUUAUCUACACCGAGCCUGUAGAGCUGACCCGUGGCAGCGUGGCCCAGAUCAGCGGCCAUCAGCUGAUGAGUCUGUCCACCAUCAACGCCAAGAAGGACCCGAGCUGCAAGACGUGCAACAUUAGCGUGGGGCGCUAACACCCCACCGGCCAGGACUUCCUGACCGACUGUGUCCGAUCCACAUAUCACACAAUUGAAAGACACGAAUAUUAGCAUGUACGCUAGCGCAAUCCACAAAUCCUCAAGACCUGCAAACAUUAGCUUGGGAUGUUAGCGCUUGUAGACAAACCGCCAGCUAACACUCGCGCAAACCGAGCUGUCUCCAAAUCUCCAGAACUCCAAUGUCAGCAUGCGUUACUACAGUAACGUGUGGGGUGCCAACACUUCCACUCAAACUCAGUCUGGACCUGCAACAUCAGCAUAUCACGCUAACUCCGGCGCAAAACACGAACUCGACUAACCACUCCUUAGAUCCUACGCCAACAACUAAAGAAAACGUCACGGCUCCAGAAGAAUUCGGAAACUGUGAAACCGCUCAGUCCUCCGUGCUGUUGGUCUCCAUCACCACGGUGACACGAGCUUACGGCCCCAAAAGAAGCAAAAAAAAAGACGUCUCCUGUCCUCUCCGCUGCAUACUUUUUGGACAAAGAAACAUUCCUGCAUCUGUAGUGUGUAAAGAUUACCACAGGCAGGAAGUUCAUCACGAUUUCCUUUACUGAUUUCCUCUUCGCUCAGAAUGACCAGAAGUCUCGGAGCAGCUCCCGAGUUCGUGGAGAUGAUCUACUCAACGUGUUUCGUAUAAACGUUUCAUUGCCGGGGUUCGUUCCGAGACGGACGAAUGCUCAUCCGUGAAUGCUCGAAUCUGAUUGGUCAGAAGGUGUGCGGUAUUUUCGUGUAAGAACGAUAGGUUAAUAUCGACGCGCUUAUUGCGAUAAUACGUUAUCGUCUCCAUGGUAACAGCACGUACACAGGGACUUGUAUGGCGGCCGCUCCGUAUAACCCGAGUCUAAUAAUAAACAGAUUUAAAAACAGGUUGGGGUUGUUGUUUAGCAAAGGGAGUCUCGGGUUAUGUGUUCUGUUUUCUCCGUAAGUGUGUGUGUGAGAGAGAGAGAGAGAUUCUGGUGAGAGGAUGCUUGUUUAUUGUAUUGUAACGUGAACAGGACGUCCCAUAACAUUAAAUCUAAACCGCUGUAUCUAUUUUCCUGUAACCGCACGGUCUGUGGUGUGUUAUUCCUUACUUACUGGAAAGAGUAAAUCAACCACAUUCCUUUGUACUCCAUUCCUCCGCUGUUGGGAAUUUGGACAAGUAAAGAGUGAAACACUUCAGAGCGUGCCGUUAAAAUAAAACGCUCAAGGACGUAAAACUUGAGUUGCUGUUACCACGCAGGAUUUAUUUUUUAUUAAUUAAAGAACCACACGUCAUACUUAUCCGUCUAGAGUUACAGUUAAUAACUUGUUUCGUGGACGUUCCAAGACAUCUCUUGCGUCACAGCAGCUAGAAACAGUCUAACCCUCGGCAGCCUCUCCGUUCUUCCUUUCUCGCUCUUAAAAUAAGACGGGAAGAAAAAAAAAAACCCACGCAGCUUUUCAUGUUACCGAGAAACCGCAAACCUGCUUUUACAGCUUGACCUCUGGCAACGGAGACUCCUUCCAAACACGCUAAAUAAACCUUCACCGUGUUGAGCGUCCAUCAUCCAAGUCCCUGUGUACGCGGUUGCUACUGAUACGAUAACGUUACUGGAACGAGUGAAUUACAGCUGGGAUUACUGUCAUUCAUUGGUUCAUUAAGUCCUUCUGACCAAUCAGAUUUGAGAAUUCAACACCGCUGUGGUGUAGAAAGCUGAAGGGGGGGGGGGGGGGAAACAUUAAGGUUAAGGCUUUCUGUCAUCACAUUUACACUGAAUUAUAUACUCGCAUAUUUUGAACGUUUAUCGACGGGAAACUUGGAUCUUUAUCGUAACCGAGUAAAACAUGCCGAACUUCUUGCCUGUGUAAUCUCACAUGCAGUACAGUACGCUACACGCAGAGUGGAUUAGAUCAGGUUAAAAACCGCUGGAGUGUUCCUUUAAACGAAAUCAAAAGUCCUCAGUUCACUUUUCCGCACCAACACGGCUGAGGGUUUUGCCGAAGACCGAGCGUGACCGUUACUCCAGGGCUAAAACUUCUAUCCGGUGGAUCCGUGGCUGGGCGAUACGACACGAAUAUCAUAUCACGAUACUCCAGGACGUUUCUACGCUACGCGAUACAUGUCACGAUUAUAUAUAGCUCGGUGAACGAACUGUCCGCAAAACAGUAGUAAGAUAAACAAACGUUAAACUGAGUGUGACGAUAUUUCAUUUUUCUUCAAUGCCUACAAACUUAAAAAUGAAUAAAAAGUCAAAUCAA